AUAUUUAUCCAAAUAUAAUUGCUAUGGGAUUUCCGGCAGAAAGACUUGAAGGUGUAUACCGAAACAAUAUAGACGAUGUUGUAAGGUUUUUGGAUUCCAAGCAUAAAAACCAUUACAAGAUCUACAAUCUAUGUGCUGAAAGACAUUAUGAUACCAACAAAUUUAGCUGCAGAGUUGCACAGUAUCCCUUUGAAGACCACAAUCCACCACAGUUAGAGCUAAUCAAACCAUUUUGUGAAGAUCUUGACCAAUGGCUAAGUGAAAAUGAUAAUGUAGCAGCAAUCCACUGUAAAGCAGGCAAAGGUCGUACAGGAGUCAUGAUCUGUGCUUAUUUGCUACAUCGAGGCAAGUUUCUAAAAGCACAAGAGGCAUUAGAUUUUUAUGGAGAAGUUCGGACCAGGGACAAAAAGGGUGUGACAAUUCCCAGCCAAAGGCGCUACGUAUAUUACUACAGCUACUUGUUAAAGAAUCAUUUGGAUUACAGACCAGUGGCACUUCUAUUUCACAAGAUGAUGUUUGAAACAAUUCCAAUGUUCAGCGGUGGAACAUGCAAUCCCCAGUUUGUUAUCUAUCAACUGAAGGUUAAGAUAUUUACAUCCUCUACAGGACCCACAAGACGUGAGGAGAAAUACAUGUAUUUUGACUUCCCGCAGCCUCUUCCUGUUUGUGGAGAUAUAAAGGUUGAGUUUUUCCACAAACAGAACAAGAUGAUGAAAAAGGAAAAAAUGUUUCAUUUUUGGAUAAAUACAUUCUUUAUACCUGGUCCUGAAGAGUAUUCAGACAAAGUAGAGAAUGGAACGUUACUUGGAGAGCAGGAACUUGAUGGUAUCAAAAGCACGGAACGUUCAGAUAAUGACAAAGAAUAUCUCACACUCACAUUGACAAAAAACGACUUAGAUAAAGCUAAUAAAGACAAGGCCAACAGAUACUUCUCCCCAAACUUCAAAGUAAAGCUAUUUUUCACUAAAACCGUAGAAGAAUCUUCAAAUUCAGAAGCAAGCAGCUCAACUUCAGUAACACCGGAUGUUAGUGACAAUGAACCUGAUCAUUAUCGAUACUCUGACACCACUGACUCUGACCCAGAGAAUGAACCUUUUGAUGAAGAUCAGAUUACAAAAGUCUGA